AUGACAACCCCUCCGAGGCGCUCCACUAACUACCACCCUGCCUGCGAGGCUGCUGUUAACCACCAGAUACACCUGGAACUGUAUGUCAUCUAUGUGUACAAGUCCAUGGCCUCGUACUUCGAAAAGAACAUGUCCUUGAAGUACGUGGGCCAGUUCCUCCUGAGACAGUCCGCCCUACUGAAGGAGCACGUAGAAGGGCUCAUUCGGCUGCAGAACCAGCGCAGCGGCCAGAACCGCCAGUACGACGGCAACAUCAAUAGGCCUGACUACAACUACUGGGACAGCAGCCUGAAGGCCAUGGAACACGCCUUGAAUCUGGCCAUCAACGUCAACCAGAACCUGCUGUCUAUCCGCCAGCUCGCUGUGGACAAGAAGGACGCCCGCCUGGCAGAUUUCCUGGAGGACAGCACCCUGCAGAGUCAGGUGAAAUCCAUUGAAGAGCUCAGGGAUCAUCUCAGCACCUUCCCUAUGUACCCAAGGAACCCGGAAGACAGCCUGACGGAGAACCUCCUUGACAAGCUCUCCCUGGACGAUAAAAAGAAAUGA